UUUUGGUAAAAGUAGGUAGAAUAGUACAUCACUAAUUUUGUUUUUUUUUUGUUUCUUAUUUUAUGAUGUUUUGUUGAAGAUUACAUUAUAUCACAAUUAUGAAUCACUUAUGUUUUUUGUGUAAUUUCCAAUUAGAUUAAUAAUAAUAUAGAAAUUUAAUCAAAAUAUGGAUUCUUCAAGAAGAAGUAACUCUGAAGAACAACGAUGUAUUGUAGGUUUGCAAGAUUUGAAAAUAUCCAACAAAGACGAAAAUGAUACUGAGCAAGCGCACACAGCUUCAACGUCUAAUGCUAGUGCUCAAGUAAAGGCUAGACCCCUUGGUGCGAUAGAGAGUUUUACAUUAGACAAUGCUCCUGCCAAUCGUCAAGAUUAUAGUUUUUACGAGCGUACAAAUGUUAUAGCUGCUUCGAAAUUUGCUACCCCUAAAAGAGUAGAGACCAUCGCAUCAAUCAAUAAACGUGAUAUUAACACAGCAGCACUUCCAGCUAGUCCAACACGAUCUAUUGAUUCUAUAUCGCAAAGAUCACUUAGUUACCAGACGGAGGAUUUGUAUGAAAUACCAGGAAAUAAUAACGUACAAUAUCCUCCGCCAGUCUAUGAAAAUAUAGACUAUUACGGCGAGCAACAUCUGACCCAGCCUCCUUAUUAUCAUCAACUUUACCAAAAUCCACCGUUAGUAUCAGAGGGGUACUAUAAUACAAGAUAUAGUAAAGCUCAACCUCAAGUGCCUGUGACUAAUAAAGUUAAAUCAAAUCCCUCUGUUUACGAAAACAUGCUCUGCCCGGAAAAUGAAAAGAAAAAUGAUUAUAAAUUACAAUCUAAUCAAGAGCAACAAUUUGUUCAACAGGGGUCGAUUCCUGGACCCCAGGUACCUAAUACAGCUACAUUAAACAGAAAUAGUUCACUAAAACUUUUAAGUGAUAAAAAUAAAGUUGAUAAAGUUCCACCACCCCCACCGUACAUUCCAACAUCUGAUAACUCUACUGGUGAUUAUACUGUUAUGAAAUCAGCUCCUCCUAAGUACACUGAUGUAAGUUCUCUUUUGAAAAAUAACAAUUCUGUAAGUUUUGAUGACAAAAUUGUUACAAUUCCUUCAACUGCAAUUUAUGCUUCCAUUGCACCAAGUGCUCAAAGACCGAAGGCAAAUAUUGCCACAGAAGUUCAAGGACCUGUGUCUGCACCAAAAUAUUAUCAUCCUAAGCCACCAAUUGGAAAUGGAUUGACAAAGGUUAAGCCACCUCCAGUAAAUGGAAACUAUGGCACCACCCCUAAACCAAUUCCUAAUCGGAUGCAAAUAGUUGAAGACACCAAUGGCUCUGAUUAUGUUUGUAUGACAGGAGGAUCUGUGGCAACUGUUACUGCCGUAACUAAAGAAAAUAUGCCAGUGGCCUUAGAAACAGUCAGUUCACGUAAUAUGGUUUCUGGAUUGACAUUGUGUUCACCUGCUCAAUCACCCGCUCCUAGUCCUACACCAAGUUCGGUCUCUCAAGUGUCGGGGGGUUCUAGAGGUUCUGGUGGACGUGGAAAAAGCCUUCUACCAUACAGUAUUACACCUCCUCGACCACCAGGUCCUAGUGAAGCUCAACGUAAAAUAGAAGAACUCACUCGACAACUUGAGGAAGAAAUGGAAAGGCAGGAUGAAGAAGGGGAAUAUUUUGGAAUAUGUCACACAUGCGGUGCCGGUGUAACUGGUGCAGGACAAGCGUGUCAAGCAAUGGGCAACCUAUACCAUACUAACUGUUUCAUAUGCUGUUCCUGCGGCAGGGCACUAAGAGGCAAAGCAUUUUACAAUGUCCACGGCAAAGUUUAUUGUGAAGAAGAUUAUUUGUAUUCUGGUUUUCAACAAACAGCUGAGAAGUGUGCAAUAUGUGGGCAUCUUAUAAUGGAAAUGAUAUUGCAAGCUAUGGGCAAAUCAUAUCAUCCUGGAUGUUUCCGUUGCUGCAUUUGUAAUGAGUGUCUUGAUGGGGUACCCUUUACAGUUGACGUUGAUAACAAGAUCUACUGUGUUAAUGACUACCAUCGUAUGUUUGCUCCUAAAUGUGCUAGCUGUGGUAAAGGUAUAACUCCAGUAGAAGGAACUGAUGAAACAGUAAGAGUUGUGUCAAUGGAUCGUGAUUUCCAUGUGGACUGUUAUAUGUGCUGCUUCUGUGGAAUGCAACUUACAGAUGAACCUGACAAGCGUUGUUAUCCACUAGCAGGAAAAUUAAUGUGUCGUGUAUGCCACUUAUCUGCUAUUGGAGCACCCACGGGUCCCGGAAUGCCGCCAGCGCCGCAUCUUUCGCCAGCCUCAUAUCAAUACAUGGGGUAAGACAAUGAUCAUCACACUCAGUGAAGGUUAAAGAAGCAACUAUUGAAAUAAGUGGAUUUAUAUGUUUUAGGUAUUCUCUUAAUUUCUUCAUUGUGGCUAUUUAGAAUUAUAUGUUAAGCUAGCAAUGAAUUUCAUUACAUAGAUAAUAAGCAGUCAUCUUUGAAUAAUUUAAUAAAGGAAAUGUUAGUAAGUUUACUGUAACAACAUAAUUCCACAUUAUGUGAUAUAAAAAUAAUUGCCAUUGCUCUUCAAAUACUCCUAAUCAUUUUCUUGACUUAUGCUAAUCUAAUAAUAACAAAUAUUUAAAUAUGCUCAACAAUUUAUAUUUGAAUACAUUGUAUAACAUAUAAGUUUCAAGCUUUCAUGGUCACUAUUAAUACUUGCAUUUAAUUGGGAUUUACUAUGUAACUGGGGUACCCGUGCUAUCAUCGAUGUUGCAAUUCCAGUCAUGGAGCAUUGUCAAAAUAUCGGGAUCCUCAAAAUGAUAAUCUCUGGUAAGUCUUGUGUAAAUGAAAGUAUGGUAGAAUAUGUAAAUAAAUCAUUUUACUAAGUAAAAGUGGUAAAAUAUAUAGCUUUAACAUAGGUAUCUAUAUGACAAUUUGGUAGUACAUUAAGUGGAAAUGGGAUUAUUGUUGUUAAGAAUUGGAUAAAAAUGAGCUAUUGUGAAAAUGAAAGCUGCUAUUUUGUAAUAAAUUAAGUAGAAUGAUUGCAUGUUGAUUGACGUAAAAGAAUGAUAUAAUCAUAGAGCCAGAAAUGAUUAAUUUUUUGUGAUAACAAUAGGGUAUAUUGAGUGUUUUUACGAUAAUAAAAAGUUGUAAACAAAAUUCCACUGCAGCCUCAAAUUGGAGUUUUUUGCAUAAUACGGAAAUAAAUUUCUCAGAAAAACUUCAUUUAUUUGAUUGAUUUCAUUUUUUUUUUUACAUUUUUGUUAGUGCGGGGUUAAGUCUGAAGUGAUACAAGUUCUAUUGAUUUUAUAAUGUUCUUGAUGCAUUUAUUAAUUUUAUUUGUUGUGACAGCACAUCUGGCCUAUAACUUCUAUUCUGAUGUUUAUAGUUUUAAAUAUAAAAAUAUAAUAAAAGAAGUAAGCACCAUUGUAAACAUUCCAGUAAUGUGCUGUCUUAUUAAGUAGGUACUUAAUAAAAACUUGAUUGUUUAAACAUAUCUGUACAUUUUGAUAAUUGAAAUGUUUUCAUCAUAGUUUCCUUUCAUUAAUUUUAGAUUAUUUUGUUAAAUAAUACUUCUGUAUUUAUAUAACUUUAAACAAUAAAUAAAAAGUUUAACUAUAAAAUGUGUUUGAUACGUCUUUCUCUAAUGUAACGGCAAACGUAACUUAUAAUAAUAUUAAGCUUGAUUUAUGCUGAUGCAGCAUGACCACAAAACUUACUAGAAAUGACGUUUUACAUUUAUAUAGAAUAUAGGUUGGUCAUGUGUAGCUCAGCAUAAUCCAACAUUUUAGGAAAUUACAAAGUAAAAAAAAAAAUUGAAUUAAGAA